AUGAGCUUCGUCAAGUAUCUCCGCCGAGACAGUUUGCUCCAAUUAGCCAGAAAACCAUCUCUUCACCGAAAUAGCAUGCUCCAGACCUGCCGGACUCUCAUCAUCGAAACCGCUCCGCCUGAAUCCGUCAAGCUUAACCGUCUCUGUGGCUCCGACUCUGGGAUUAUGGAGGUGGCUCUAGAUAGGCCUGUGGCGAAGAACGCCAUAAACAAGGAGAUGCUGAAAAGCCUUGAGAAGACAUUUGAGACCAUAGGUAAGGAUACUUCCGCUAGGGUUGUGAUGAUUACAAGUCUAGUUCCAGGUGUUUUCUGUGCAGGUGCAGAUCUUAAGCAACGUAGAAGUAUGACCCCAUCUGAGGUUCACACAUUCGUCAACUCCUUGCGCUACAUGUUCUCGUUCAUAGAGGGACUGAGAAUCCCAACUAUUGCUGCAAUAGAAGGUGCGGCAUUGGGAGGUGGACUCGAAAUGGCUCUGUCCUGUGAUCUUCGAGUCUGUGGUGAAGGUGCAGUCUUUAGCUUGCCUGAAACAGGACUCGCUAUAAUCCCAGGCGCUGGUGGGACACAGAGGCUCUCGAGGCUGGUUGGGAGAUCGGUAUCAAAAGAACUUAUAUUCACAGGUCGAAAGAUUGAUGCAAGAGAAGCUGCAAACAAAGGAUUGGUAAACUUUUGUGUACCGGCUGGUGAGGCUCAUGAGAAAGCAAUGGAAAUAGCUCAGCAGAUAAGUGAAAAGGGUCCAAUGGCUAUAAAAAUGGCGAAGAAGGCGAUUGAUGAAGGAAUUGAGACGAGUUUGGCUUCAGGUUUGGAGGUGGAAGAGAUGUGUUAUCAGGAGCUUCUUAAUACUCAAGAUCGUCUUGAAGGAUUAGCUGCUUUUGCUGAGAAGCGUAAGCCUCUUUACACUGGCAAGUGA